AUGUUUCCGAUUAAUCCUGCAUCAAAAAGAUUUUGGGGCGGAAGAUCUGCAGAGAAUGAGAAAACUGAUGCAUUUGGUUAUCCCAUGGACUCUGAGAAUGCACGUUUCCCUGAUGGCAAAAGGCCUCUUAGAAGCAGACAGACUACUCGAGGCGGACCUGUUGGUGGAGGUUCAUAUAACUCUGGGUUCUUUACCCCCGGCGGAAACUCGCAAUCUCGAGGCUAUUAA